AUGAGUCCACCUCUGUCUUCGCCGCGCCUCGAUGCCAUUCUGGACGCCGUUCGACCGCUCCUCAACCUCGGCCAUGCCAACGACGCGUUCUUGAGCACUGGCCACGAACGGCUCGCGGCGUCGAUUGCGGCUGCUGUCGAGAAACGUGCGCCCAUCACUUUUGUCUUGCCGGCGUUCCCUUGCAAGUCGCCGAAUGUCGCGACCGAGGUACUUGGCGUCCUUCCCGACCGCGGCGAAGAGCUCGCGCUCGGCCGUCUCGAGGCCAUGUGCGCCGCCAUUGGCGCCGUGUACCCGCCGGGCGCGACCGUCACCAUCUUUAGCGACGGCCGCGUCUUCAGUGCGAUCCUGGGUGUGCCCACGGCGAUCGUGCUUGCGUACAAACAAGCGCUCGUGGCCAUGGCUGCAGACCGUGCACACAUUGUCUUUGACAGUUUGGACAACCAUGCCGACUCGAUCGACGCGCUCUUGCGACGGUUUCACGUCGACGCCGAUGUCGUCCACGCUCUUUUGCAGACUGACGCAGGCCUGCAAGCGACGCACGCGACGUUUCUUGGCUUUCUUGAGCGCGACUUGCCAGAGGCCACAAGCGACGAGCGACAGGUGGCGGCCAAAGCCAUGCUGCAGCGCAACGUCGCCUUUGCUCGCCUUGUCGACGAGGUGUAUCCGAGCGCCAUUCGCCUCUCGAUCCACGCCACGUCGAACGCCGGACAUAAAUUUGGCGUCCUUCUCGUGCCCCAAGCUCCGACGACAUGCCCGCGCACGCCGUGGCACUGCGUCAUCUGCGAAGAUCUCGACGGCACCGUCUCGGCUCUCCCGCGCCACGAGGUCGAUAUGACGCGCUACGAACUUACGACCAAACGCGGUCAACCCUGGGGUUUUGUGCAAACGCCCGAGUCGGCCUUGGCGGGCAUGGAGGUGACGCUGGCACCGUGGCGCCAAGGUCUUCUGAUCACGGCCAACAACACAAUGUCGCUGCUCGAGCUGCCAGCACGCGCCUUGCGCUCGCUCGCCACCAAGCACAGUGUGGUGUGCCUUCGCGGGUUCCGCGAAGACGACGACAUGGAGGUGGUCGCUGCCCACCUCGGCGAGAUCCUCUCGUGGCCCACCGGCAACAUCCUCGAGCUCAAGCAAGACAAGCUUGAAGGUCUUGCGUCGCGGUCGCACGAACCCAUGGCGUUCCACUACGACGGCAUGUUCAAGCGCAUUCCAAACAGCAACGUCCUCGGCGACGUGCCCUUGUACCAGUUCUUCCAGUGCUUUGCGCCGUAUCCCGACCCGGACGACGAUACGAACGGACGCACGCUCUUUGUCGACUCGCGUCGACUUCUCGCGGCGCUGCCCGCCGCCGACGUCGACCGCCUACGGGGCUUGCGCAUGAUGGCACAGACCGCUGCGAACGCCAUGUACGGGUCGGCCAGCCUCACCCACUACGCAGAUGUGGUGAGUCACCACCCCGUGACGGGCGAAGAGAUUCUGCGCUUCCAUGAACCGUGGGGGGCCGACCGCACCGAGUACCAGCCGACGACGAUCACGAUCCAGAAAAAAAAGGACGGAGGCGCCGAAGACGACAACGGCGAGCAAGCGUGGUGCUUUGAGACGCUGGUGCCAAAGCUCUACGAUGCAACGUUUUGCUAUUCGCACCGGUGGCAGAAAGGGGACUUUGUGCUCUCCGACAACUUUGUGCAGCUGCACAGCCGGACGCCGAUGGCCAAGGUGGGCCGCGAAAUCCAGCGGAUUCACAUCAAUUGA